AUGAAUAUCGUGCGUGCCCGUCCGAUUCGACCCCGACUCGACCUUUCCCCGAAAGCGCAAAAGGGGAGAAGUGCCUCGGAAAGAAGGCAUUCCCCUCAACCUGGCACUCCAUUCUCUCCAACUCCGCCACAACGCUUCUCACCGCACAAUUUGACCCCGGAGCCGAUUCGCAGGUGCCGAUCCCCAUCGCCAAUUGCAAAAAGUCCGGGUUUCAUGGACCAAUUGACCGUUAAACCGUUGAGAAGAACUAGAUCGGCUCGUUCCGCAUCUCCGGCCGUGCAUCGAUCCAUCAACCUCACGCCAGAUCACGAAACUUUGAUCAGGCGCUCAUGGCAACGCAUUCCAAAGGACAAAUUUGGCGAGAUACUCAUUCGAGAUUUGGUGAAUCGAAUCGGAAGGGAAUCUUUUGGAGCUGAUGCGACUGCUUUUGAACGACACGCUCGUCAUUUCGUGGACUUGAUCCAAUCGGCUGUCGACAAUCUCUCGGAUGUCGAAGAGGCGCUGCGACCAUGGCUGAACAUUUUGGGUCGAGGGCAUGUUGGAUUCAGGAUAAAGUCAAAGCAUUGGGAUUCAUUUGGUGAAUCGUUGAUGGCCACAGUUUCUGUGUACAUUGGACCUGGCAGAGGACACAAAGAGACGAUUAAGUCCUGGAUGAUCCUGUCGACUUUCCUGGCCGAUCGUCUCAGCGCAGCUUCUCGAUCAACAGCUCAUUCUCCAAUGGUCACACCUCGAUUACAAUUGAUGACUUUCGUUCAACCA